AUGACGGGCGACUGCACCGAGGCCAACGUCUGCCCCGUAGAGGGUGGUUUCCUCUCCUACCAGCCCUCCAUACCCGGCAACUCGGUGAUCCUGGCCGCCUACGCCGCCAUUAUACCGAUCGCCCUCGUUCUUGGCUACCGGUUCCGCACCCUUGGCUUCGCGGUAAACCUAGCUACUGGUCUCUGCUUGGAGGUACUGGGGUUUGCCGGAAGGCUUCUCCUCAACGGUAGGAGAGCGAGCCAGUCUUUCUUCUCUCUAUACCUCCUCGGCACGAUUCUCGGUCCUAGCCUUAUCGCUUCGGCUAUUUUUGUCGUACUUCCUCAUGUACUGUUGAUCUACGGUGCUGGCGUUUCCCCCUUGAGGAGUGGCCAUGCCGGGUUGCUCUUCAUGGCGCUGGUUGUGCUGAGCGUGGUACUCGAGAUCGUCGGCGUGGCCUUCGCCGUGUUUGGAUUGGAUGGAGAAGUGGUUACGCAGAGUGCUCGAGUGCUCAUUGCAGGCUUGGUCGUGCAGAUGUUUAGUCUGCUUCUUUUCAUUGGCAUCUACGUUUGGUUCGCCCUAAGGCUGAAAGGCCUGGAGGCAAACCUUGAUGCUCAAUACGGCGAAGUCUACCGCUCGGCGAGGUUCAAGCGGUUCCUUGUCGUCACCCAAUCCGCCGUCACACUCCUCCUCAUCUCCACCAUCGUCCGCAUCGCCGAGGUAGCCGAAGGAUUCGACAGCCCCCUCUCCCAAAACGAAGCAGCCAGCUCCAUAAUCUACGGCGUCCUCCCUCUCCUAGCCUGCAUCCUCCUCACGGCGUUCCACCCCGGACUUGCCUUCGGCCCCGCCUGGGCCAAAACAAACCCCCGAUACGUCUCCCGACUCGCCUCCAACCUCGAAGCUAGGCCCAGCACGAACGGGAGCUUCCAGCAGCGAAGGCUUGAGUCUAAUUCGCACUCGAGAUUCAGUGUCCGGAAGGUGGCCCCGAUGCCACUGUCGCCGGAUUCGCCGAAUCCCUAUGAGCUGUUCCAUAGUCCGGUCAGCGCCGGACACCCAUCGCCUCUAAGGGCGUCUUAUAACAGCAAAUCACCCAAGAGAUUUUCGUAUACUAGUCGCUCUCCUGGGCAUUCGCCUAGGAACUCGCCUAGGCACUCGCCGAGAAAGCCACCGGAGAGGCAGCUAGUUGACGAUGAUGACUUGUGGUAA